AUGUCUUCUCACUUUCCCGGCAACUCACUACAAGAAUCUUCGGAAAAGUCCCAAGCGGCCGGGCACUAUGGCCAUCAGCAUCUCGCUGGGUUGGACGCGGGCCCGUCGUCGUCGGCUUUCCAAGGUCCCGGUCUUGCCAGUGGACUAGCGGAAGGACUGGCAAACAUCUUUGGGUGCUGUCAGAAUUGCUUCACCCCAAAUGCAUUUCAUAUCCCAGAUGGGUAUCAACUCAUACCGGCGCCAAACACCUUUGAGUACGGAGCUACCAGCGGUUACGAGGUUGAGAAACAACCUUCGGCCGAUGUUUCUCAGCAAGAGGCUUACAUACCUACGACCGUCGCAUCAAACGGAACCAACUACCCCAAUGAAGGCCCUGAGAUGAUGAGCAACUAUGUGGCCAACUUUCAGCCUGUGCAAGAAAGCCCCAGCCAUGGAAUGGCAGCACCACCCGUUGUGCCCGACAACUUGGUUUAUGCUCCUGAUAUCCCGGAGGUUUCGUACUAUACUAAUGCCCCUAACACUUCUGGUCCUGAUGAUUCCCAAAACCUGUCCAACGUCAACAGCCAUUCCGCCAGCCAUUCUGCGCCUGCAGUUGACUUGAUGUCAGCUCCCUUCGAUGGCAGCUUGAUCGGGCCCCCCCUCCCUCCAACAAUGCAGCACCAGAGGGACCUGGCUUCCUUACCUUCCGGUUGCCAGUACAUGACGCAGGAGAUGGAGGUAAAGGGCGAGGAUGUGGGCCAUUCGGCCGCAGGUGCCAGACUCGACAUCGUCUACUCUCAUCAGCGACCUCCAGCCUCCAAGCGUGGCCCUUUCAAGGACAUCAAGCAACGGCAAGAGACCGCGAACACGAGGAAGACGGGAUCAUGUAUGCGAUGCAAACUGCAAAGAAUACGCUGCGUUCCAGAUCCUGAAGAUCCGUCGGGUGGGUGUAUGACGUGCAAGCCCAAAGCGAACAGCAACCACAAGCACAUCAAUCGAAUGCCUUGUAUGCGCGUCAAGAUAACAGACGUCAAAUGUUUCAAGCCAGGCCAGGUGCACGGGUACGAGUGGACGCUGCGUUGGGCGGAGAAUGGGCCCCUUGACAACAUCGCGAACUGGGCAUCGUCCGAGGUCAAGACGAUUCAAGUGACAGAGGGCUACACGCAUGGCAUGUCGGUACUGCUUCAUGUGCGCCGAUUCAUACCGCAGAACGGCGACAGGCUGGAAAGAUCCUGGUAUACACCAGAGGGUGUCAAGAAGUCUGUCCCGAUCCCCCCAUACGCCAUCACGGAUCUGGACGAGGCUCAAUCAGCAUACCAAGAGUACAUCAAGAGAGGCGUCGUCGAGUGUUUCAGCUCCGUCAUUCAGGGCGUAAUGGGCGCCAGGGACCGCCUCCUUUUCGAAACCUACCGUAUGGCCUGGCAGCUGUCGCAAGACCCGCGGGUCUCCACCGAGGAGCGAGAGCUUUUGACUCAGACUUUGGAACUCUGGGUAGCGGUUCGAUUGACGACGAAGUCGGUGGAGAUCGUGGGGAACGAGACGCUCGGGAUGGACCGCGGUAUUCUGGACAAGACGAGCCCUCAACAUGGAAGGAUUCCUCUGCCGCCGGUCAUGGGUGCUCAGCUGGACUUGGUCCUCAUUCAGCAGAUCCAGACACGGCUUCGAAGGGAGAUGCUGGAGAAGCUUUCGAAGAUGGUUCAUGCAAACAAGCCCAAGACAUGGUUGACGACAUACCUGGUGACGUUCAUCCUGCUUCACAACAUUGCUCUUCUCACGAACCACGAUGCCUCGUACGCCAAAAAGCACGGUAUGAAGACGAGAUUUGCGCGCGAAGCCGAAGUUAGGGAAUACCAUCGAGGAGGCGUGAUUCUCCUGUCAUACUUUCACUACUGCAACAAGGGAACUGUACCGUUUACCGAAGAGUGUCGAGAACAGGACUUGCGACAACUGGCGCAACUUGACGAGCAGGCGGUGCGCUUUGUCCAGUGGACGCGUGCCCAGGUCAUGGAGCACAAACGCGAAUGGGACGGGUUGAAUGCCCAGGCGUACGAUCAGCCUUACUUCUUCGUCAGUCAGCUCUUCCAGAGAGAAUGGCAGCCCGCAGACUGGGUGUGCUAG